CACUGCGCCGCACGAGCUGGAGAGUAUAAAAAGAGAGAGGCUGCAGAUCUGAAAGCACUCUGCUCCCUUUCGGAUUUCUACUCUCUGACCAAACGUUUCUGUAGCUCUCCCUUUGCGGAAUAUCUUCAUCCUCUUCAUCUUCAUCAUGACUCUCGAGGAAGUUCUGAUCCAGAAAACCGCCGAACGUGCCCAGUGCACCGGCCAAGCCCUGGAGGAGGUCCUGGUGUCCGCUAAAGACAACGACUCCGUCACCGUCGGUGUCUACGAGUGCGCAAAAGUUAUGAAUCUUGACCCGGACAGCGUGUCUUUCUGCGUCCUGGCCAUGGACGAGGAGUUCCAGUGCGACAUCGCCCUGCAGAUCCACUUCACCCUCAUCCAGUCCUUCUGCUUCGACAACGACAUCAGCAUCGUCCGAGUGAGCGACGUGCAGCGUCUGGCCGAGAUCGUCGGCGACAAGGCGGUGCCGCUCGAAGACGCCCACUGCGUCCUCAUCACGAACCCAGCUGACGGGUCUUGGGAGGACCCUGCUCUGGAGAAGCUGCACCUGUUCUGCGAGGAGAGCCGGCGUCUGAACGACUGGGUUCCUGAGAUCAGCCUCCCCGAGCGUUGAUCGGGGGCCCCUCGGCUGAUCUUCGUUUUUUGCUCAGAUGCUGUAAAGCUUCUCAUCUGGAAAUACUCAUCCUGACGAACAGGUCGAGUCUGUUUCUACCCAUCCCUGGACACUCCUGAGGAGGAUUUCCGUCCAGGCAGCACGGCGCCGGCCCCAGGGGGGCCCCCCGUGAACCCGUCGCCUCUCGUCCCUUCCAUGCCAAGAUGGCUCUCAUUCUUUAUGUGAACGAGAGUCAGGUAUGCCACGAGAGCGACGCAUCGACCCUCAUUCUUUGUGCGGAUGAGGUUUGGAGAGGAAGGAGAU